AUGUUCUCGUCUGCGAAGGCUUUUGAGGGACAGCUCUAUUCUGCCCUGAAGAGGCAGUGUCUGCAGACUGGAGUUCUGUUUGAGGACCCCUGGUUCCCUGCCGUGGAUGACUCACUCUUCUACCAGGGCAACCGGAUCGGCCGUGUGCACUGGAAAAGGCCCAGGGAGCUCUGUGAUGACCCGCACCUGUUUGUUGAUGGGAUCAGCGCCCACGACCUGCACCAGGGGCAGCUGGGAAACUGCUGGUUUGUGGCGGCUUGUUCCAGCCUGGCAUCCCGAGAAUCCCUUUGGCAGAAAGUUAUUCCUGACUGGAGGGAACAGGAGUGGGAUCCGGAAAAGCCCGACUCCUAUGCUGGAAUCUUCCACUUCCGUUUCUGGCGCUUUGGUGAGUGGGUGGAUGUGGUAAUUGAUGACCGGCUGCCAACGGUGGACAACCAGCUGGUCUACUGCCACUCCAAUGACAGCAAUGAAUUCUGGAGUGCCCUGGUUGAAAAAGCAUAUGCCAAAGUGUAUGGUUGCUAUGAAGCUCUGGAUGGCGGCAACACAGCUGAUGCUCUGGUGGAUUUCACUGGUGGUGUGUCAGAGCCUGUGGACCUGUUGGAGGGACAAUUUGCCCAAGAUGAGGUCGCCCGGAACCAGCUGUUUGAAAGAGUUCUGAAGGUCCACAACCGCGAUGGACUCAUCAGCUGUUCCAUCAGGGCAACCACAGUGGAGGACAUAGAGGCACGGCUGGACUGCGGGUUGGUGAAAGGACACGCUUACGCAGUGACGGACGUGAGGAAGGUCCGUCUGGGCCACGGACUGCUCGCCUUCUUCAAGUCAGAGAAGCUUCACAUGAUCCGCAUGAGAAACCCCUGGGGUGAGAAAGAGUGGAGUGGACCGUGGAGUGACAGCUCUGAAGAGUGGAAAAAAGUGAGUAAGAGUGAGAGGGAGAAGCUGGGGGUCACGGUGCAGGAUGACGGAGAGUUCUGGAUGACCUUUGACGAUUUCUGUCAGUAUUUCACUGACCUGAUCCUUUGUCGGCUGAUCAACACCUCCUACCUGAGCAUCCAUAAGACCUGGGAGGAGGAGGUGAUGAGAGGCUCUUGGGUACACCGUGACGACCCGCUCCGCAACCGCGCCGGAGGCUGCAUCAACCACAAAGCCACCUUCCUACAGAACCCUCAGUAUGUGUUUGAUGUGAGGAAGGUGGAGGAUGAGGUUCUGAUCUGUUUGCAGCAGAAAGAAAGAAGAGCUACACCCAAAGAGGGCAAAGGAGAGAACCUGGCUAUUGGCUUUGACAUCCAUCGGGUGGAGCUAAACAGAAAGUACCGCAUGCACACAGCCCAGCAGAAAGUAGCAGGCUCUAUCUACAUCAAUUCCCGCUGCGUCUUCCUUCGAAAAGAGCUGAAGGAGGGUCGUUAUGUCAUCAUUCCUACGACCUUUGACCCUGCUCAGCAAGGCGAAUUUCUUCUUCGUGUCUUCACUGAUGUGCCUUCAGACUGCAAAGAGCUGACCCUGGAUGAGCCUCCCCAGACGUGCUGGACUGGAAUAUGUGGAUAUCCCCAGCUGGUCACGCAAGUCCAUGUCGUGAGUGCUGAGGGUCUCCAGGGUCAGGACUCUAAUGGAGCCUCGGAUCCAUACGUGAUCAUUAACUGUGAGGGAGAGAGGGUUCGCUCGCCUGUGCACAAAGACACUCGUUCCCCCUACUUCGACAUUAAAGGCUUGUUCUAUCGCAAAAGGCCGAAGGAGGGAAUUCACAUCGAGAUCUACAAUAAGAACAUGAUCGUCGACACCUUUCUGGGUCAGGUGACCCUCUUCAGUGACCCCAAUGACCGGCAGGAGUGCCACACGGUUCACCUAAGGGACAAGGGCAGUCGUCAAGACAACGACCUCCCAGGCACACUGACCGUGCGUCUUCUCACCUGCACUACCUUAACUAACAUUUGA